AGUCGUUCUGCCUGCAUACAGCUCUCCUCUCUCUCUCUCUCUCUCAAACACACACACACACACACUCACCUCAGCUGCUGUACGAGCGGCGGCUCCCUGAGCUCUGAGGAAGGAAGAAGAAAGACUCGCACAUUAACAAUACAGAAAAGAGAAGGAGAAUAAUCUGAGUAUGAGGGUCAGGAUGAGGUUGAGUGCGUGUGAUCCCACGCAGACUGUCGCACGGAGCUUCACACCGUCCCUGCUUCUCCUUCUCCUGCUGUUCCUCAGCAGCAGCAGCAGCAGCAGUAUCGGGGCCGUCCCCUCUCCCUUCCAGCUGGCACCGGACACCCCAGCCCCAGCUGAGCCCACCCCGACCCAGACCAACCCUCGUCAGGACCCCUGUGAAGGGAGACCCUGCCUUAACGGGGGCUUCUGCCUGGCCCUCCCCUCUGCCGGCAGGCCAGAGGACACCUGGGAGUACACCUGCACCUGCAGCCAGGGCUUCACCGGACAGAACUGUGAGUUUUUCACAGACCCAUGUGCCAGCAGUCCCUGUCUCCAUGGAAACUGCAGCCUGAGUGAGGAUGGGAAGGAGGGGGAGCCGACAUACACCUGCGAGUGCACCGAAGGCUACGAGGGGGAGAGGUGUGAUCAAAUCUUAUUGGACCUGCCGGCCGCAGACUGGGACCCCGCCACCCCCUCCGCUCCCGAACUAGCCACCCCUGCCGCCUCCACCACCACGGCCGCCACUCAGCCGCCACAACCAACCACAGUCCCCUCCACCACCACGUCGGCACCUCCCACCCUGCAGCCAUGGCAACCUAAAGCUGGGCAGAGGCUGCUGGUGGUGCAGUGGGAGGCAGACAGGGUGACGGAGGGUCUGCACUGUGUGAGCCCUGAGCUGUGUGAGCUGACAUCAGGCACUCUGACUUUAUCUCUGGAGGUGCCUGAAGAGACGGCUGUUAAGGUGGUGGUGAAUGCCAGUGGAGCUCCAGUAAUGUGGCGUGUGAACGAAGAGGGUUUCCUGCGUUCCUCCAUUUUAAACGGCACUACGAUGUGGUUCCUGCAGGCCCACGAUGGACUGGUGGUGCCGGACCACUUGCUGCCCCUGGGACAGAACUACUUCCUCAGUGUGCUGCACGUUGGCAACCCUACCGCCCCGGAGGUCACCAUGCGUCUCAACCUGACGGUGAAGGCCAGCAGCUGUGUGGAGCCUGGCAGCAGCUUCAGCGACCCUCAGUGCUCUGGGAAAGGCAAAUGCAUCACACAUCCCUCUGAGAGCACUUUCUUUUGCGAGUGUGAGGACGGCUACACUGGAAUCUUCUGUGAGGAAUUCGAUGCCUGCCACCACAGACCCUGUCACAACAAUGGCACCUGCACAGAUGUCAGACAGGGGGAAGGAGGACGCAACUUCACAUGUGCCUGCCCUCCCGGAUAUGAAGGGGAGCGCUGCCAGCUGCUGGUCGACCACUGCGUCUCUCAGCCCUGCAAGAACGGAGCUACCUGUUUCAGCAGCCUGGCCGGACCCAGGUGCUACUGCCCCGAAGGAUACCAGGGUGCUACGUGUGAGCUAAAGGUGGACCCGUGUGCCUGCAGCCCCUGUCACAAUAACGGGACGUGCUACGCCCAGGGCCCUGGCCCCCUGGGGUUCGGCUGCAGCUGCACAGCAGGUUUCACUGGUCCAACAUGUGCCCAGCUGGUGGACUUCUGUGCCCUUAACCCAUGCGCCCACGGGGUCUGCCGCAGUGUAGGCAACAGCUACAGGUGUCUGUGUGUCCCAGGCUACCAUGGCUUGUACUGUGAGGAGGAAUAUAAUGAGUGUCUCUCAGCCCCCUGCCAAAACUACGCCACCUGCAGGGAUCUCAUCAAUGCAUAUGAGUGUGUCUGCACUCCCCAGUUUGAAGGCAGACACUGUGAAAUCUACAAGGAUCCAUGCCUUAAGCUGCACUGCCAGAAUGGAGGCCGCUGUGAGAGUGCCGGACUCAACACUUCCUGUGCCUGCCCACCAGGAUUCAAGGGAGAGAAAUGUGAGGUUGACAUCAAUGAGUGCGAAUGCAACCCUUGUUACCAUGGAGGCACCUGCGUUGACCAAUCAAAUGGCUACACCUGUCACUGUCAACCUGGGUGGGUUGGGCCCAGCUGUGAGAUCCACCUGCAGUGGAAGCCAGCACACACUGAGGACACCCUGACCAACAUGCCCCGCCACUCCCUGUACAUCAUCAUCGGAGCGCUGUGUGUGGCCUUUGUCCUCAUGCUCAUCAUUCUUAUCGUGGGAAUCUGUCGCAUCAGCCGCAUCGAAUACCAGGGUUCGUCCCGCCACGCCUACCAGGAGUUCUACAAUUGCCGCAGCAUCGACAGCGAGUUCAGCAACGCCAUCGCCUCCAUCAGGCAUGCCAGAUUUGGCAAGAAGUCCAGGCCUGCCAUGUAUGACGCCACUCCCAUUGCCUAUGAAGACUACAGUCCUGAUGACAAGCCGUUGGUGACCCUCAUCAAGACGAAGGAUUUGUAAAACACAACUCUCCCAGCAAAUCACAAGCUGAACACACACACACACACACACACACACACACACACACACACACACACACACACAUGCAUAUAUAAAGAAAGUAACUAUAAAUCUUAGUAUUUCGUAAGAAAAAAUAACAAAUAGCAGCAAAACAUAAUUGAAUGUAAAGAGGAGAAAAAAAUCCAAAACAUACUUUAAAAAAAAGAAAGAAUUUGAUACUCUUAUUUUCCUGUCAGAGUCCACAAUAAGGCUUUCUUGUAGCAUAAGAGCUUUCUUUGCAUCACUUAAGUUAUUGAUUUUGAGUAACACUACCAGUAACCUCUGCUGUUCCAGAGUGAUGACUUUAGUCGUCAACAGACUGCCUGUUGACGGGGGCCAGCAACCCAGGAGCCCAAAAUUGCUCACUGUAUACUCAGCGAACAGUGCUGACAGCAGUCCUCACAGGUGUUGUAGAAAUAGGUGCGCUCCUCUCGGUGCAUACACUGUAUCUUUUUCUAUAUAUAAAAAAAACAUUCUGCAGUAGGUUGCCUUACUCUGUGCAUGGUUAGAUUUGAUGUUCUAUCUGCGUUCAUUUCAAAUCCUUUGUAAUUGGUUGUUGUUGUUUUUUUUAAAUUGCAGUCAUAUUUUUCUCUGUCAAGAUUGUGCCAAAUAUUUUCGUUUGGGUAAUUUGUGAUUAUAGAUCAGUUACAUACAUGUAUAAAGUACUUGUCACUGAUUUUUUUUUCCAUUUUAAAACACAUAUUGUCCUGUUCUUUACAUGCACGCUUCUCAAUGGUGUAUGAAUAGAAAAGAAAGUUGGUUACCUGGAGUACUGUAACCCUACCAUCCUACUGUCUGUAUUUCAGUGAUACUUAGGAUAAUAGGUGGGUAUGUUUCUCAAUGCACAGAAAAAUAGUUGGUUUUACUCAGUGUACCUGUGUAUGCCGGUGUACUAAUUCACCUCUAGUAUCGACAGUGUUGAGUAGUUUCUGGACGAGCGUUUCCUUGCUGAAGCGGCCUCCUGCCAGCUUUGUGUUGGAGUGGAGACAGGGUGGGAGGAAAAUGCAAGGGAUGAUAUCUCCUCCAGAAUUCAUGUGCUUCUGUGUCCUGCCAAUGGAAAACUCUCUGUGCAGCUGUGUAUUUCCUCUCAAGGUCAAGCGAUGUUUUAUCAAUAGGCUCGGCUAACCUUCAGACUUUCUUUUCUCCUUCUCUCUUUUUAAACACAACAACCACAACGACCACAUGAUUACCUAUUAUCUAUGUUGAAUGAUGUAAACAAUAAAGAUUGAAGUGAACACAA